CACUGGGUGGGCUGGGAGGUCCCUUCAACCCAAACGAGGCUGGGGUUCUCUGACGUCUCCGGCAACGCCAUCGCCCAGCUGGGGCCGCUGGCCGCCCUCAAGGCCCUCACCGUCCUCAACCUCUCCCGCAACCGCAUCGCCAGCUUGGAGCCGCUCGGCUCCUGCCACAACCUCCAGAGCCUCAACCUGGCCGGUAACCGGGUGAGCAGCCUGCAGCAGCUGCGGUGCCUGACGGGGCUGCGGCGCCUGGAGAGCCUGCGCCUGCGCGACCCCCUCGCCCGCCUCGCCAACCCGCUCUGUGCCGCCCCGGCUUACCGCGCUGCCUUGGCGGACAUGUUCCCCGGCCUCAAAGCCAUCGACGGCGAGCGGGUGUCCGGUCGGGGCAGCGAGCUCUACCGGCUCUGCCGGGAUCUCGACAGCUCGCUGGGGCGCGGUGGCGUCGUCCCUGCGUGUGUGUGUGUCACCCACAUCACCGCUGUGUCGGGGGCACCCGCAUCCCUGCAGCAGGGUCGGGGGGGGACGUGGGGAGCACCCGCCCCCCGAGCCCAGCCGAGCCGAGCCGGGCGGAGCGGAGCGGAGCGGCAGGACUACAGCUCCCGUGCUGCACCGGCGGCGGGCGGCCCUCCCGGGCUGACGCGGCCGGCGGCUCCCGGGGCCGCCUUUGUCCCUGCCCGCGGCCCGGCCGGGCUGGCGGCGCGGCCCCGGCGCAGGGCCCCUCUGUCCUUGCUGCGCCGGCGCGGCUGCUCACGGGACAGGCCUCUCCUGCGGAACCCGGAGCAUCCCACCGCCGUCUUCCCGCACAAGUAGCUGUAUACCUGCCUCCGUCUGCCCGCCGAGAGCCAGCGGCACGCCGGACUCCAGGCCGCUGCGGCAAGAUGUCGGUGACCUUUGAGGACGUGGCCAUCUACUUCUCCCCCGAGGAGUGGGCAGAGCUGGCGGACUGGCAGCGGCGGCUCUACCGGGAGGUGAUGCUGGAGAACUACCAGGCGGUCGCCUCGCUGGGCUGGCCUGCCGUCAAGCCAGAGAUCAUCUGCCAGAUGGAGCGAGCAGAGCUGCCGUGUGUGUCAGACCCCCCCAGGACACAGCGGAGCCACUGGACCCCUGUCUCAGCAGCCGGCGACCCUGGGGCACAGAGGGAGGCCGGGGGGAUCCCCGAGGGGCUGCUGGCACCCACCGCCCUGCUCCCGGGGAUGCCCAAGCAGGGCAGGAGUCGUCAGGGGUACUCAGCCCACAACCAGCCAGGCAGGAGCCGGGGGGGUUCCUCCCUCCCAACCCCCCGGCCGCUGAAGAAGACCCCCCCCACAUGUUCGGAGUGCAACAAGAGCUUCAGGAGCCAGUCAGCGUUGGCCGUCCACAUGCGGAGCCACACGGGUGAGCGGCCCUUCGUCUGCACCGACUGCGGGAAGCGUUUCAGCUACAAGCAUCACCUGCUGAGACACCGGCAUGUGCACACCGGUGAGAAGCCCUUCACCUGCAGUGACUGCGGCCACCGCUUCAGUGAUAAGUGUUACCUGGUCAUCCACCAGCGCACCCACACUGGGGAGCGACCCUUCACCUGCUCCCAAUGCCCCAGUUCCUUCAGGGACAGCAGUAGCCUCACUGCCCACCAGCACAUCCACACUGGGGAUCGACCCUUUGCCUGCACCCACUGCCCCAAGGCCUUCAGGUACAAGAAGACCCUCAUCGCCCACCAGCUGAUCCACAAUGGGGAGCACCCCUUCGCCUGCGCCCACUGCCCUAAGGCGUUCAGGUACAAGAAGACCCUCAUGGCCCACCAGCUCCUCCACACCGGUGAACGCCCCUUUGCCUGCGACCAGUGCCCCAAGGCCUUCAGGGACAAGAAGACCCUCAUCAUCCACCAGCGCAUCCACACCGGGGAGCGACCCUUUGCCUGUGCCCACUGCCCCAAGGCCUUCAGGGACAGCAGUACCCUUGCUGUUCACCAGCAGGUCCACACCAGUGAGCGCCCCUUUGCCUGUCCACAGUGCCCCAAGGCCUUCAUGUACAAGAAGACUCUCACAGCCCACCAGCGGGUCCACACCAGGGAGCGCCCCUUCGCCUGCGCCCACUGCCCCAAGGCCUUCAUGUACAAGAAAACCCUCACUGCCCACCAGCGGGUCCACACCAGGGAGCGCCCCUUCGCCUGCACCCACUGCUCCAAGGCUUUUAGGGAGAAGAAGACCCUCACUGUUCACCAGCGCAUCCACACUGGGGAGCGCCCCUUUGUCUGCGCUCACUGUCCCAAAGCUUUCCGGGACAAGAAGACUCUCAUCGUCCACGAGCGCAUCCAUUCCGGGGAACGUCCCUUUGCCUGCGCCCACUGCCCCAAGGCCUUCAUGGACAGUGGUAGCCUCACUGUACACCAGCGGGUCCACACUGGUGAGAAGCCCUACAAGUGCAACGAGUGUGGCAAGACCCUCAGCCAGAAGCGUAACCUGGAGAGGCACCAGCAGAUUCAUCGGAACCUGCCAACAGUGCCAGAGGGCAGACGGUAGGAGACCGGGGGUCCAUCCCUGGUGGAGUAGCGGGCAGAGGACAAGCCGUUCCGGUGCGGCCACUGCAAGAAGCGGUUUCAGGAUAAAGGGAUCAUGCUGGCUUACCAGUACACCAUGGCACCCCCAGCCUGUGGCCACCUCCGCAGCCCAGCACCCCCUGAAACUGCUGUUGAGGGGCUGCGGGGUGCCGGGGACUGUGAGGAGAUGUCCUGGUUUCAGCUGGGAUAGAGUUAAUUUUCCUCGUGGUAGCGGGUGUAGAGCUGUGUUUUGGAUUUGGGAUGAUAACAGACUGCUGUUUUGGUUGUUGCUCAGCAGUGUUUACCAGGUCAAGGACUUUUCAGCUUGUCCUACUGCCCCUCCAGCGAGGAGGCUGAGGGUGCACCAGAGGACGGGAGGGGACACGGCCAGGACAGGUGACCCAGACUGGCCAAGGGAUUCUCCAUACCGUAUGGUGUCAUGCUCAGUAUAUCAACUGGGGGGGAGCUGGCCGGGGGUGUGAUUACUGCUCAGGGAUGGGCUGGGCAUUGGUCAGCAGGUGGUGAGCAAUUGCAUUGUGCAUCUCUCAUUUUCUAUAUUCUUUUAUCAUCAUUAUCAUUAUAAUUUUCUCUUCCUUUGUUUUCCUAUUAAACUGUCUUUAUUC